UUAUGAAGCACGAAUUAUACUUGAAACCCGACCUCUGAGAGAGAUACUGAAAAUAUUGCUAUAAAUUGUAGCAACAGCUCCCCCUUUACCUUUUGGACGCGGUUCAUGUUUGUAACAGUAAUCUUGGGGUAUAGACUCGUUUAAAGUAAUGUAAUCAUCUUGUUUUAGCCAGGUUUCUGUCAGACAAAGCACAUCUAGUUUAUGGUCAGUGAACAUAUCACUUACAAAAAGUGCUUUUGAAGAAAGGGAUCUAAUAUUCAAUAAGCCAAGCUUUAUCAUGUGUUUAUCUGUAUUAUAUUGUUUUUUUAUUUGUUGAACAUCAAUUAAAUUGUUACUAUUACUUUGGUUUGGAUGUUUUCUGUAUUUUCUAGUUCGGGGAACAGACACAGUCUCUAUAGAGUGAUAUCUAGGUGAAAAAGUUUCUAUGUGCUGAGAGUUAACUGACUUCUGUGACGUGAGGCGGCUAGCAGACGAUCGGUUUAGCCAGUCUGUCUGCUUCCUGACCUGGGCUCCAGUUAGUCAAGUACGAACUCUAAGACUAUGCGCCAUAUUUCUAGAGAGAAGAGCGGCACCACCCCAGGGGCUUGAUAGGAGAACAUUUCUCCAGGUCCCUUGCAGCCUUGUGGCGAUGGUGGAACCAAAUGAAGUAGGAGACAAAUUGAUGCAAUAUCGCUGUCCCAUUCUAAAUAACAGAUAUGACAACUUCAGCAAAAAAAUGCAUGAACACAGAAUAUAGAUAAUAAAUGAAUAUAUUAUAUUAUCAGCGGCAUCCGGCGGGCUUGCCAUAUCCGCUCCAGGUGGGCUUGCCACACCCCAGGCGGGCUAGCCAUAUGCGCUUCCAGGCGGGCUAGGGUGAGCCGCAGGCGGCGGCGUGAUCUCCCGCGAACGGCGGGACUGGGUGAGCCGCGGACGGCGGCGUGAAGGGAUCCGUGAACGGCGGGCUCCAUCAUCGGCAGGGGCCGGCGGGCCGGGGUGAGCCGCGGUCGGCGGGUUGGCUUUCCCCGCGGACGGCGGCGUGAUCUCCCGCGAACGGCGGGCCUGGGUGAGCCAUGGACGGCGGCGUGCAGGGAGGGAGCCGCCGACGUUCGGGUUGGCUUUCCCCGCGGUCGGCGGCGCGCACGAGCGGCAGCCCGUGAAGUCGGCAGACGAUUCUCCCGCGAACGGCGGGGUGAAGAAAGCCGCGGACGGCGGCAGACAGGAGGGCUUGCGGCCAACGGACGAGCGGCGACUUCCAUGCCGCGGGACAGACAGACAAACAGGAACCAAAAUAAAAAGACUUAAAAAAACCGAAAAACAAAACGUGGUGAAGGGGCGCCGCUUACUGUUUUGGUCUGGUCUUCUGUCACGGUGCACACAGCAGGGAGGGACGAGGAACACGCAGACGAGGAGUAACUUCAAAAUAAUAGUCUUUAAUAAUGACAUCAGGACAAGGCAAGGCUGAGACAGACAGGAACACCGGGGAAUAACGAGUAGACCAGACAAACACUAACUAAACAGGCAGGAACUAAAUACACAUGACAAUCACUGAUAAUUACUGAAACACGGCUGGACAAGACUUAACUAAUAAUCACACACGUAACAAGGACAGGAACAAGACCAAAUAUGGAAACAAGAGGCGGGAACACAUGACAGACACGACAGAGGAUGUAACAGGCAUUCCUGGAACAAUUUAACCUCUGAAGAUGCACUGCAGGAGCUGCGCGCUGGUCACCAGCUCGGGUCAUCUAACCGGUGGGGGUCGCGGAAAAGAGAUCGAUCAGGCGGAGUGCGUCAUCCGAAUGAAUGACGCGCCCACGGCCCGUGGCUACGGGGUGGACGUGGGCCACCGCACGAGCCUGAGGGUCAUCGCUCAUUCCAGCAUGCAGAGAGUGCUGCGCAGCCGCCAUGAACUCCUCAACUCCAGUCAGGACACGGUCUUCAUCUUCUGGGGACCCAGCAGUUAUAUGCGACGUGACGGGAAAGGGCUGGUUUAUAACAACCUGCGGCUUAUGAACCAAGUGCUGCCCAAACUCAAGGUCUAUAUCAUCUCCUGGCAGAAAAUGCUCCAGUUUGAUGAACUAUUCAAGAGAGAGACCGGCAAAGACAGGAGAAUCUCUAACUCAUGGUUAAGCACAGGAUGGUUCACAAUGACUAUUGCCUUAGAGCUCUGUGACAGAAUCAAUGUGUACGGCAUGGUGCCUCCGGAUUUCUGUAGGGAGUCUCAGCACCCCUCUGUCCCAUAUCACUACUACGAACCGACGGGUCCGGACGAAUGUGCCAUGUACAUCUCCCACGAGCGAGGCCGGCGAGGCAGCCACCAUCGCUUCAUCACAGAGAAGCGGGUCUUUGCCAGCUGGGCUCGGACGUUCAACAUCCAUUUCUACCAGCCGGACUGGAGUCCGCCGCCGUUACCGAUUAGCAAUAACAGCACGGCAACCACAGCCUUUCCCCGAUCGCAGAAGACGUGACUCUCACCAGAGCCUUCAAAGAUCUCCAACUGCCUCAGACGGAUCACUGGCUAAUUCCUGUUGCCGUGUGGAUGGAGCUUUACGUGUUGGAUUGACUGAGAGAGACUCGGAUUCAAGGAGAACUGAUGCUUAAACCUUUUCUUUUGCACAUUCAUUGUUUCUUUAGGUACAAAAGGCAUUCCAGUAGUCUGUACGAAUCCAUAUUUCAGCAGCUCAUUGAGUAUCACUGGGAGUUCUUAUGUGGUGUAUAGGAAAAAUUAGAAAGGGUGGCGGAUCAAAGAGCUCUGGAGUGUCGAGGAUCUGCCUGCAACAAAAUGUGUGCUAAAGACCAUGUAAAACAGCAUUUGUAGGUUAUUUUACUUUUGUAAAAUAUUAUUGAAUGAAACAGGAUAGUCAAUGAGAGAACAGAAUGACGGCACUUGAUUUUAUCCAACUUUGAUUGUGAAAAAUGGUCUCUGUUAGAAGACAUCAGCAGAACAGAAAUGCAAGGAAAUGUCUUUUUUUGGAUUCAUUUUUAUGAAAGAUUAUGAAGAUGUACACUGUUCGCAGUGAGGCCUGAAAUGUGCACUAAGAAAGUAAAAACAAUGGCAAUUUUUUUUAUUAAUGUUGACUUAAAUAAUCAACCCAACGACGUCCAGUGUAUUAACAACAUUUACACUCUUAAAAAUAAAGGUUUCUUUAUUGGCAUUGAUGGUUCCAUGAAAAAAGCUCAACAUCCAUGGAACCGUUUAACUGCAACAAGUCUAUUUUACAGUGGAAAAGAAUCUUUAGAUUAUUAAAAUAUAAAGAAAAAGUCUGUCCAUAGAAAGGCUCACAGUAAAAUAUUAUAUGAUUAGCAACUUAUGUUUUUACAUUAAACCUAACUGAAUUUUUUCUCAACUUAAUGUUAAUGUAAUUCAAGUCGAAAUGACUUGUACAACCAAGUUGAGUAGACUUAGAAAGUAAAAUAUUUAAGACAUGAACUGAACUAAUUUUUUUAAGUUGAAGUGGGUGGCUUUUUUUGUUUUUUUUAGUGUAUUUUUGGAACCAAAAAAUGGUUUUUCUAUGGCAUUGCUGUGAAGACUCCCAUUUGAAACCUUUAUUUUUAGGAGUGUAUAAUAUUUCAUAAAUUUUAAAGACAUUAUCUUGAAAUGUAUAACAGGUUAAUUUCAAAGUACUGCUUUUAAUCCUUUUAUGUUUUUUAUUUUCCUAUCCCAACUGAUACUUUUAUUUAUUUAUUUAAUGUUUUGCUCGUAUUUUUCUUUCUCAAGAUAAUUUCAAUUUUCCAAACCCAUUGCACUGCUGAAAGUGUUAAACAGAUAAAAGGCACGAACGAUUGUACUUGAUUGUGAGACUGAUUUUAAAUGUUUUAACAUGAACAAUAAACAGUUCUUUUGUUAAAAAAAUAAUAAUAAUAAUAAUUAAUAUGCAGUGUGAUUCUGCAGUUUUGAUCGAGCUUUCUCACAUUUAUCAAAGCUGAAAUAUCUAAGAUGAAUCCUGCUGGAAUGCGUAAGGAUCCACAAGAAAUGCAGCAGCAUAAGGGCAACACAGAGCAUAUAAAAA